AGGUUUGGCUCCCUGUAGACGGUGAUGGCGCCAGGCGACAUGGUGCCGGAGCAUGCCAAGCAGCAUAAGCUCAAGCAGGAGAAGGAGAAGCGUCAGAGCACCACCAGGCCUGAUGGAGACUGUGAGCCAGAUGGAUCGUUUGUCUUUGAGGCUCACGAGGCAUGGAAGGACUUCCACAACUCCCUGCGCCAGUUCUACGAAGUGGGGGAGCUCUGUGAUGUCACACUGAAGGUAGGCAGAGUAUGGUUUAAUAGGGUUGUCGCAAUACUCUUCAUACUCAGUUAGCUAUAUCAUGGCAGGAAAAAGUAAGUAAACAUGAAACAGACGUGUCAUAUGUGACAAAAAAGCCUUUUCAUGUCUGUUUUUGUGAAGUUUGGUGGAGACCAGUUAGGCCUAUGGAAUUAGUUUCAAUCGUUGAAUAGCUGGUGAAAGCCAUCGUCUCUUUUAAAAUAUUUUUAGGCACAAUUUAACCAACUGAAGCUUGUGGAAUGAAUAGCUCAGGGAAUGAGUAACUUUUGAGCUGACAUUAACCUAUUUCCGUCCUUUCUCCCUCCCUCUCUCUGUCUUUCUCUCUGUUCUCCCCGUGUUCAGGUGGGCAGCAGGCUGAUACCAUGCCACAAGCUGGUGCUGGCCUGUGUCAUCCCAUACUUCAGGGCCAUGUUCCUGUCUGAGAUGUCAGAGGCCAAACAGGACCUGAUAGAGAUCAAGGACUUUGACGGAGACGCCAUACACGACCUGGUGCGUUUCGCCUACUCCUCCCGCCUGACCCUGACAGUGGACAACGUGCAGCCCCUUCUCUAUGCAGCCUGUAUACUGCAGGUGGAGCUGGUCGCCAGGGCCUGCUGUGAGUAUAUGAAGGCCCACUUCCACCCCUCCAACUGCCUGGCUGUCCGCACCUUCGCCGAGAGCCACAACCGCGUCGACCUGAUGGACAUGGCGGACCGCUAUGCGUGCGAGCACUUCCUGGAGGUGGUGGACUGUGAGGACUUCCUGUGCGUGUCGCCUCAGCACCUGAGAACCCUGCUGUCCUCCAGCGAACUGAACAUCCACUCUGAGACACAGGUUUACAACGCUGCUGUCAAGUGGCUGAAAGCCAACCCCCAGCACCAUGAGGCCUGGCUGGACCAGAUCAUGACUCAGGUCAGAUAGUAGUCUCACACAGCUCAGCCUGGACUGUUUGGGGAGCUUUUGCAUUUCAAUGAAUUCUCAGUUGUAGGUAUGCUUGUUGGUGCUUAUGUGUUUCUGUGUGUACAUUGACUUUGUGUUGUCUGUUUAUGGAGCUUUUGCAUUACCACUACUCGUGUGUGUGUGGUGUUUGAAUCUGUGCUGUGUCUGUGUUACCGGCUGCCCUGCAGGUGCUUCUGUGUUUAUGUCCGAGUGUAUGUUAACUCUGUGCUACAGUGGGGGAAAAAAGUAUUUAGUCAGCCACCAAUUGUGCAAGUUCUCCCACUUAAAAAGAUGAGAGAGGCCUGUAAUUUUCAUCAUAGGUACACGUCAACUAUGACAGACAAAUUGAGGGAAAUAAUUCCAGAAAAUCACAUUGUAGGAUUUUUUAUGAAUUUAUUUGCAAAUUAUGGUGGAAAAUAAGUAUUUGGUCACCUACAAACAAGCAAGAUUUCUGGCUCUCACAGACCUGUAACUUCUUCUUGAAGAGGCUCCUCUGUCCUCCACUCGUUACCUGUAUUACUGGCACCUGUUUGAACUUGUUAUCAGUAUAAAAGACACCUGUCCACAACCUCAAACAGUCACACUCCAAACUCCACUAUGGCCAAGACCAAAGAGCUGUCAAAGGACACCAGAAACAAAAUUGUAGACCUGCACCAGGCUGGGAAGACUGAAUCUGCAAUAGGUAAGCAGCUUGGUUUGAAGAAAUCAACUGUGGGAGCAAUUAUUAGGAAAUGGAAGACAUACAAGACCACUGAUAAUCUCCCUCGAUCUGGGGCUCCAUGCAAGAUCUCACCCCGUGGGGUCAAAAUGAUCACAAGAACAGUGAGCAAAAAUCCCAGAACCACACGGGGGGACCUAGUGAAUGACCUGCAGAGAGCUGGGACCAAAGUAACAAAGCCUACCAUCAGUAACACACUACGCCGCCAGGGACUCAAAUCCUGCAGUGCCAGACGUGUCCCCCUGCUUAAGCCAGUACAUGUCCAGGCCCGUCUGAAGUUUGCUGGAGUGCAUUUGGAUGAUCCAGAAGAGGAUUGGGAGAAUGUCAUAUGGUCAGAUGAAACCAAAAUAGAACUUUUUGGUAAAAACUCAACUCGUCGUGUUUGGAGGACAAAGAAUGCUGAGUUGCAUCCAAAGAACACCUCAUGCUUUGGGGCUGUUUUUCUGCAAAGGGACCAGGACGACUGAUCCGUGUAAAGGAAAGAAUGAAUGGGGCCAUGUAUCGUGAGAUUUUGAGUGAAAACCUCCUUCCAUCAGCAAGGGCAUUGAAGAUGAAACGUGGCUGUGUCUUUCAGCAUGACAAUGAUCCCAAACACACCGCCCAGGCAACGAAGGAGUGGCUUCGUAAGAAGCAUUUCAAGGUCCUGGAGUGGCCUAGCCAGUCUCCAGAUCUCAACCCCAUAGAAAAUCUUUGGAGGGAGUUGAAAGUCCGUGUUGCCCAGCGACCGCCCCAAAACAUCACUGCUCUAGAGGAGAUCUGCAUGGAGGAAUGGGCCAAAAUACCAGCAACAAUGUGUGAAAACCUUGUGAAGACUUACAGAAAACGUUUGACCUGUGUCAUUGCCAACAAAUGGUAUAUAACAAAGUAUUAAGAAACUUUUGUUAUUGACCAAAUACUUAUUUUCCACCAUAAUUUGCAAAUAAAUUCAUUAAAAAUCCUACAAUGUGAUUUUCUGGGAAAUAAUUUCUCAUUUUGUCUGUCAUAGUUGACGUGUACCUAUGAUGAAAAUUACAGGCCUCUCUCAUCUUUUUAAGUGGGAGAACUUGCACAAUCGGUGGCUGACUAAAUACUUUUUUCCCCCACUGUAUAUAUCUGUGUGUCCUGUAGGUGCGCCUCCCCCUGCUCCCAGUGGACUUCCUGACGGGCACGGUGGCCAAGGAGGAGAUGAUCAAAGGAAAUCUGAGCUGCCGGGAUCUGCUGGAUGAGGCCAGGAACUAUCACUUGCACCUCAGCAACAAGGUGGUUCCUGACUUUGAGUACUCAGUCCGCACCACGCCUAGGAAACACACUGCAGGUAACACAGACUGGUAGCCUGUCCAACUAUUAAACAAUCAGCUAUGUGAUACGGUCGAGCUUGUACAAUGCAGAACAAUGAUAAAGGAAAAGCUGGAAAUCCUGCAGUUCUUCUUCAUGUCACUUGUAUGUAUUACGAGCCUGACAUAAUGAAACCUUCAGUCUUUGAUUGAGUGUAUAUUAAUAUGUUGAGCUGGCAUUGCAGAGUGUUGUUUUUCUCACUGGUCCUGCUCUGACCUUUGCCCCCCACCUCUCCUCAGGUGUAUUGUUCUGUGUUGGUGGCCGGGGAGGUUCUGGUGACCCAUUUCGCAGCAUCGAGUGUUACUCCAUCAGCAAGAACAGUUGGUUCUUCGGGCCUGAGAUGAACAGCAGGAGGCGCCAUGUUGGAGUAAUUUCUGUAGGAGGUGAGAGAUGGAGGGAUGAGGGAGGUGAAGGGAGAGAAUUGGUGAAUAGAUGUGUGUUGGGCACAGAGAUGGAUAUAGGACUCUAGUGGCCAAAAGCCAGUUUUCGCAUGGGCAGCGCCAUUGAGGACUUUCACCACUUUGAAGGAGUCAACUAGGUGGGACUUCCAAUUGGUUAAGGAAGGAUCAUAUGACUCCAACUGGGUCAUCAGGAGGGAUCAGCCAAUGAAUUAUACUUGUGAAGAAGAAAAUGGACUACUUCAAAACGGAGAUGGCUUCAAUGGCGUUGUCCAUGCUCUCACAGACGCCUUAAUUAGACAGAAACAGUGAUGCGAUGUCUAUCAUGUCUAUGGUGUUGGGAGAACAGUAGGGAUGUAGCGAUUCACCGAUACGCAUUGGUCCCCAGUUCAAAUGUUUAAGAUGCAAGUGCAUCAGUCUGCAGGAGCCCAAACCGAUCCAAAUGAAGCAUGUAUUGGUAAGAAAAACGAUUUAAAACAUUACGACUCGCCGGUUCACUAACGUUUUUUACUCAUUAUUUUUUUCUGCCUUAUUCCAAAAAUACUUAUCUGUUGAGACGGAAUUGAUGUGUCCUCUCCUUCAGCCUAUUGAACUUUUAUGCAUGUAACUGCGUAUCUACAUGUCAGAUAACAACUGUUUGCACAGUGCGGGAGAUGCAGCUGCUUGUGCCAACGAGAAGUAGGCCUGACCUAUCCCUUUUUCUAAUAAACGUAGGCUACAUCUGUGCGGCACCUUUAGCAUUCAGAUGUUUGUAAAAUGGCUUUUGCAAUAUUAAAUCAAAGGCUUUAUUAAUUGAGGGAAAACCAAUGUAAUUUGCUGGGUCAUUGUUAGCAAAAUGCUGUGUAGGCUACCGGAGUGGACACAACUCACAUCUUGCUGAUUGCACAUCUAACUGCUGAUUGGGGCUUUGUGAUUGCCAGAUUCACCAGAUGAAAUGUUUUUGGUAGUUCUGCUUUAAACACUGUUUUACAUUAACAGGGUAAAGGUGUAAUUUCAUAACAAGGACAGCAAUAAUUUUUUGCGAGCCGCACUGGUCGGAACGAGCUCUCCUCUGUAAAGUUUAAAACGGUCAAAACCAUUUGCUUUUGAGACGGGGGUGAAAUCCAAAGCGGUGUUAUAAUAAUUGGCUAUGUAUGCCAUAGUGGUUCACUGACAUUAUCGGCUGAUAUUGGCCUUUUAUGGCUAUAUCGGUAUCGGACGAUAACGUCACCGAUUAACCGAUAUUCAAUAAAUAGAAUGAAAGAAGGGAAUAUCAUGCUUAUCUGAACACAUGGCCAUUCUCAUUAUGUAAUUUAUGUAACAAUGUAAGAAAUCAACAUUUGAAGCAUAUUUCUUGGACAAUUGCUCUUUUGGAUGGCAAUUUAUGAGAAUUCAAUGUGGAAAAACUACACCAUCGGCAGAUAUAACGGUAUCGGUAAUCAUCCCGCCCCCCAUUUUUUUUGGGGGGGGGGAAUCAGUAUCGGACCCCAAAAAACAUAUAGGUCUGGCUCUAGUCAUAGCUAAUUUCUAAAGAAUUUGGAAAGGCACACACCUGUCUGUAAGGUCCCACAGUUGUCAGAGCAAAAACCAAGCCAUGAGGUCGAAGGAAUUGUCCGUAGAGCUCCGAGACAGGAUUGUCGAGGCACAGAUCUGGGGAAGGGUACCAAAAAACUUCUACAGCAUUGAAGGUCCCCAAGAAAACAGUGGCCUCCAUCCUUCUUAAAUGGAAGGAGUUUGGAGCCACCAAGACCCUUCCUAGAGCUGGCUGCCCGGCCAAACUGAGCAAUCGGGGGAGAAGGGCCUUGGUCAGGGAGGUGAACAAGAACCCGAUGGUCACUGACAGAGCUCGAGAGUUCCUCUGUGGAGAUGGGAGAACCUUCCAGAAGGACAACCAUAUCUGCAGCACUCCACUAAUCAGGCUUUUAUGGAAGAGUGGCCAGAUGGAAGCCACUCCUCAGUAAAAGGCACAUGACAUCCCGCUUGGAAUUUGCCAAAAGGCACCUAAAGAUUUGUGAUUUGUGGUAUUCCAGAUAUAAUCAUUGACCAGUACCUGUCCUGAAAUGUGAUCAGUAGGCCUACCUCUAAUCCUAAACCAUAAAUUCUACAUCCUAGAAUUUAGGAUUAGUUACGAUUGUUUCCCCUGCACAGUUGAGUUCAGUCUAAUAUAUAGUCAGGUUAUGAGGGUCUAGUAGUCCUAACCUUGUGUUCCUUGUGUUCCUUAACUUGUGUUCAUCUUGGUCCUCUAGCUCAGUUGGUAGACCAUGACGCUUGCAACAACAGGAUAGUGAGUCUGUUUCCCGGGACCACCUGUAUGUAAAAUGUAUGCAAGUAUGACUAAGUUGCUUUUGAUCAUAAAAAAAAGGCAUUAUUUAUUCUAUCCCUCAUCAGGUAAAGUGUAUGCAGUAGGGGGCCAUGAUGGUAGUGAACACCUGGGCAACAUGGAGAUGUUUGAUCCUCUCACCAACAAGUGGAUGAUGAAGGCUUCCAUGAACACUAAAAGGUAUGUAAUGUCUGGCAAAAGGCAAAUUAAGUCUCUAAUAUGAGUUACAGAGAUUGUGUUAUAGAAAUGUAGUUUUACAGCCAAUCAUAAAGAUCCCUAAUUAUAAUCCUACUCACACUCAUAUACUACGCAUACUGAACUAUUUUCAAUGCUGUGCUGUGUGAAGGAGAGGCAUAGCUCUGGCAGCUCUGGGAGGUCCUAUCUAUGCCAUCGGGGGUCUAGAUGACAACUCCUGUUUCAACGAUGUAGAGAGAUAUGACAUGGAGAGCGACCGCUGGAGUGCUGUGGCGCCCAUGAACACGCCCAGAGGUGGAGUGGGCUCUGUGGCCUUAGGGGUGAGAACAAGACAGUCUAGACACCUGGCUGUACUGACCAUAUACUAUUAUGGAUCAAGUGUUCAUUAGGGCACACCAUAGCAACAUUUUCCAAAAUGUUGUACAGCAGAAAAAUAGUGUUUCUUUCAUUCAGAUAGUUCUGCACUGUUUUGUGCCUAGUGAACACGACCCAGGUGUUACAUCACAUUUAUACGUACACUCAUGACAUCCUCAGAUGCUUUUAUAACCAUUUGAUAUCAUUGACAUUGAGUAAGGAGAUUUUAUCCCUCGUGCUGUUUGUGAUUUGAAGUCUGUGUUCCUGUGCAUAAUAACAGGCCAUAAUAACAGUUAACCCUAUCAGUCCAGAGACCCCAGCAAAAAUCUGCUUUUCAUUUAUCUGACUUUCAUUUACCUGCAUGUCCAGCUCUAGUGCUGUAUUUAGCCUCACAAUGAAGAGUUUUACCAUUUUCUAUUCAGGACAACCAGGACUACAAGUAAAACAAUUUGACAUAAACAGUUGCAUUCAUGAGUUUUAUUGACAAAUAUCAAUAAACAAAUAAGGUCCCUCAAAGCAAAAACCUGAUAAAUGAAUGUAUUUGAAUGUACAGAAAUAGUUUGCUCAGUGGGAAAUUAAUAUACAACUAGUCAGUGACAACUGUGUGGAGUUUGUGACAGCAACUAUGUGAUCUUAUUACAGUAUUAUAGACACUAUGUCCUGGGAUUUCCUAUGAUCUUCUAUGUAGAAGAACCCAUUAACUGUAGCUUGUGAGCAUCAUUAGUUACAUGUGCGUGUUUGGGAGAAUCUCAGCUUUUCAUACAUAGCUUUUAAUAAUGUGUAGCUCAAACCAUUCGGACUCUACAGACAUUUCUGUAAAAAGACCCGGUCCCGGGCCCUUGUCUCACAAACACCACUCUAGCUCAGCCCCAGUUAAUCACACAGACUAAUGGAUGCAGAAGAAAUAGACAAAUCCAAUGGUACAACCCAGAAGUCUGUAGCUCAAACACACAAUGUUUAAAAGGGAUUAGAAGUCCAAAUCACACUGGUGUUGUGGUGGGACUUACUGGGUUAACCCUCUCCUCCCCUGUCAGAGUUAGACCUAUAUGUUAACACUCUCCUGUCCUGUCAGAGUCACGUGUAUGCUGUGGGGGGUAACGACGGUGUGGCCUCUCUAUCCAGUGUGGAGAGGUUUGACCCACACCUCAACAAGUGGACGGAGGUCAGGGAGAUGGGCCAGAGACGGGCAGGGAACGGAGUCAGCGAGCUCAACGGGUGCCUCUAUGUAGUGGGUAAGAACACAGCUCAGCACCACUGCAUUUACAUUUUAGUCAUUGUGGGGGGGGACUAUGGAUCUGUCUCCGUACGUACGUUAGUCACAUGCGAUAUCUGACACCACUGGCCCGACGUUUACGAAACUUGAGUGAAUGAUGUGUCUUGCCAUAGAGAUCUGGCAUUAAAAAAAUUACACUGAUUGGCCCAAGGGGGGACGCUAUAGUAAUCGACUGGAAUUACAAACUUUGAACAAACAUUUUUCCUGUCCCGUUGAAUAAUUGUCACUAAUUGGCCCAUCGCCCUGAGAGGGCGCUGCAACAUUCGUGGGGGAAGACAUGUUUACUGUUGCCUUGUUUAGCAGAUGGUCUUAUCCAGAGUGACUUAGUAGGUAAAACAACCACAUAUCGAUUCACCACAUCAUUGGAAACAAAACCUUCUCAUAUUUCACAUCAUUCCAAUGGCCGCUUAUUGCUAUGGGUCACAUGGUUCCCACCCACUCACACACCACUACACACAACAGCUGUUGGCUUGUAAACAUGAAACAGGAGAGAGAAAAGUUCAUGUUUUGUCAAGUUGGUUGCUAAUUAAAAGCGAUCCAUGAGGAUGGGGUGAUUUUAUUGUGUUUUAUUGUAUAGUUUGCAUGAGUCAGCAUUGGUGUGUUUGUGGAGGAGGAAAAGCUACUGAUAACCUCAGUCUAUGCAUUGACCUCAGUGGAGGGAGUAGAUAUUUUAUUGAUAGUCUGCAGCUUCACUGACAGCAUAAUGCUAUUCAAGACUUAUAACAAGAUAUUGGAUUGAUUUGCGACUUAGAACUUAGUGAGUGCAUAGAUUUGUAGUAUGUUUGUGAUCCCUGCGGGAAUUCAACCCAAGACCUUGGCGUUACUAGCACCACACUCUUACCAACUGAGCCAGCUAUACAAGAGUACAUCUUAGCCAUGUAUCUGAUACUGUCUGUCUGCGCUGUCAGGUGGCUUUGAUGACAACUCCCCGCUGAGUUCUGUGGAGCAUUUUGACCCCCGUCUGAGUCGCUGGGACUACGUCUCUGAGCUGACCACGCCCCGGGGUGGAGUGGGUGUGGCCACGGUUAUGGGUCGCGUGUUUGCGGUCGGAGGUCACAACGGGAACAUCUACCUCAACACAGUGGAAGCCUUUGACCCCCGCAUGAAUAGGUGAGAUGGAGAGGGGGGAUAGGAAGGGGUUCUGUUCAGGUGAGACAGAUGGGUUGUACCAGGUCAGCUAAAUCAAGUGCACCCAUUUUAUAAAAGAGUAUCUCUGGCCUACUACACCACCACCUGUACACUGGACACCUUUACAGUAUCCUGUUUGUUUUUGUUUUUUUACAGUUGAAAGGAAAUUCUACAUUUUGGAGCAGCUAGUCUGAUGUACAGUGGGGAGAACAAGUAUUUGAUACACUGCCAAAUUUGCAGGUUUUCCUACUUACAAAGCAUGUAGAGGUCUGUAAUCUUUAUCAUAUGUACACUUCAACUGUGAGAGACGGAAUCUAAAACAAAAAUCCAGAAAAUCACAUUGUAUGAUUUUUAAGUAAUUAAUUUCCAUUUUAUUGCAUGACAUAAGUAUUUGAUCACCUACCAACCAGUAAGAAUUCCGGCUCUCACAGACCUGUUAGUUUUUCUUUAAGAAGCCACCUUGUUCUCCACUCAUUACCUGUAUUAACUGCGCCUGUUUGAACUCGUUACCUGUAUAAAAGACACCUCUCCACACACUCAAUCAAACAGACUCCAACCUCUCCACAAUGGCCAAGACCAGAGAGCUAUGUAAGGACAUCAGGGAUAAAAUUGUAGACCUGCACAAGGCUGGGAUGGGCUACAGGACAAUAGGCAAGCAGCUUGGUGAGAAGGCAACAACUGUUGGCGCAAUUAUUAGAAAAUGGAAGAAGUUCAAGAUGACGGUCAAUCAUCCUCGGUCUGGGGCUCCAUGCAAGAUCUCACCUCGUGGGGCAUCAAUGAUCAUGAGGAAGGUGAGGGAUCAGCCCAGAACUACACGGCAGGACCUGGUCAAUGACCUGAAGAGAGCUGGGACCACAGUCUCAAAGAAAACCAUUAGUAACACACUACGCCGUCAUGGAUUAAAAUCCUGCAGCGCACGCAAGGUCCCCCUGCUCAAGCCAGCGCAUGUCCAGGCCCGUCUGAAGUUUGCCAAUGACCAUCUGGAUGAACCAGAGGAGGAAUGGGAGAAGGUCAUGUGGUCUGAUGAGACAAAAAUAGAGCUUUUUGGUCUAAACUCCACUCGCCGUGUUUGGAGGAAGAAGAAGGAUGAGUACAACCCCAAGAACACCAUCCAAACUGUGAAGCAUGGAGGUAGAAACAUCAUUCUUUGGGGAUGCUUUUCUGCAAUGGGGACAGGACGACUACACCGUAUUGAGGGGAGGAUGGAUGGGGCCAUGUAUCGCGAGAUCUUGGCCAACAACCUCCUUCCCUCAGUAAGAGCAUUGAAGAUGGGUCGUGGCUGGGUCUUCCAGCAUGACAACGACCCGAAACACACAGCCAGGGCAACUAAGGAGUGGCUCCGUAAGAAGCAUCUCAAGGUCCUGGAGUGGCCUAGCCAGUCUCCAGACCUGAACCCAAUAGAAAAUCUUUGGAGGGAGCUGAAAGUCCGUAUUGCCCAGCGACAGCCCCGAAACCUGAAGGAUCUGGAGAAGGUCUGUAUGGAGGAGUGGGCCAAAAUCCCUGCUGCAGUGUGUGCAAACCUGGUCAAGACCUACAGGAAACGUAUGAUCUCUGUAAUUGCAAACAAAGGUUUUUGUACCAAAUAUUAAGUUCUGCUUUUCUGAUGUAUCAAAUACUUAUGUCAUGCAAUAAAAUGCAAAUUAAUUACUUAAAAAUCAUACAAUGUGAUUUUAUGGAAUUUUGUUUUAGAUUCCGUCUCUCACAGUUGAAGUGUACCUAGGAUAAAAAUUACAUACCUCUACAUGCUUUGUAAGUAGGAAAACCUGCAAAAUCGGCAGUGUAUCAAAUACUUGUUCUCCCCACUGUAUAUUGAUCUGUGUUGUGUGUGUUACCUCAGAUGGGAGCUGGUGGGGUCGGUGUCUCACUGCCGGGCCGGCGCAGGAGUGGCUGUCUGCUCCUCGCACAUCAGCCAGAUCAGGGACGUGGGCCAGGGCUCCAGCAACGUGGUGGACUGCAUGUGACCUGUGAUCCCUGAGCUGACCACAUCGACCGACUGCACAAGAGCAGACCAACCCAACCCACGCACAAGCACUCAACCACACUGCACAGUCACUGAACAGGAGCACUAGCUGUUGUUCCUUUUAAGCGCUGACUGUAGGCUUCUCCCUAAAGAAUGUAAGAGGGGUGCUGCGCCACCUUGUAAACUAGCUGUGCCACUGUGGGGGGGAAAAAAUACAAAAAGUUUUACUGUAUUUUCUUUGCUUCUUUCGACUGCUUUGGUUCUUUAUCAAGUGAAAAUGGCUGAUAGUUGAGCUUUAGACGUCAUAUUAGACAGGCCUUGAAUAUCAACUUGAAGAGGAACUUUAAGAGUAACCAGUUCGGAAACUAUUCAGACCCCUUGACUUUUUC